AUGUCAUUCACAGAAAUUCCAGUCUUGGAUAUUGCAAAAGCGGAAGAUGCAGAUACCAAGCCUCAACUAUUGGAAGAGUUGCGUCAUGCUUUGAUGGAAGUCGGCUUUCUAUACAUCAAGAAUACCACCAUUUCAAACGAGUUAUUGGAACAAGUAAAGAAGGCUGGAACGGCCAUCUUCGACAUUCCCGAGGAGGAAAAAUUAAAGAUAGAGAUGAAGAAUGCUCCUUCCUUUCUAGGCUACUCUCGUCUGGCAGCAGAAAUUACCGCUGGAAAGAUAGAUCAACGCGAACAAUUCGACUUCUCAACAGAACAUCCUCUUCCAAAGGCAGAUGCACCACGCUACAAGAACCUUCGAGCCCCAAAUCAAUGGCCUUCCGAAGAGGCAUUACCAGGCUUUCGAGAGAUUUUUACCGAAUAUAUGAAUAGAAUGGGCGAAAUGUCUAUUGCAUUUACGUCCUUGAUCGCCGAGGCCAUCCAUCUACCACAAGACGCGUUCACAAAAUACUUCGACAAAGAUCAACAGCACAAACUUAAGAUUGUCAAGUAUCCAGAUGUGUCGACUCUAGGUCAGGAAGGAGCGAUAGAUGUGCAAGGUGUUGGUCCUCACAAAGAUUCAAUGCUUACGAGCUAUCUCCUCCAAGUUACGGAUCACCGUGGUCUGCAAGUCCAGAACGUGCAAGGCCAAUGGAUUGACUGCCCACCAAUUCCUGGUACUCUGGUUGUAGCUAUAGGUCAGGGCCUGGAGGCUUUGACACAGGGUGUUUGUGUGUCCACAACUCAUCGCGUCCUAUCGCCUCCUGCAGGUUCAGGUGCCAGACUGUCUAUUCCUUUUUUCCAAGGAGUGAGAUACGAUGCGGAAUUCGACGAGCUCGAUGCGGUGGGUGUUGGCAACGUACCAGAGGAUAUCAAAGAACAACGUCGACGCGUGGUCGAACGAAAUGGUGGCAGGAUCGAUGAUGUCGAAUUUACGUUCAAGAAAGGCAACAAGGCAAAGACGCUUGGUGAGGCUACGCUGCGUAACCGAGUCAAGAGCCACCAGGAUGUUGGUGAACGUUGGUAUCCUGACAUACUGCGAGAACUUCGCGAGGAGUGGAGCUUGGCAACGUAG